AUGCUAAGCUGGGAACAUAACCCUAGUUUUGUUUGGCGAAGUAUUCUCAGCGUCAAACUGGUGGUUAGACAAGGAGCUCGUUGGAAAAUUGGUGCGGGAUUCGAUAUUCCCAUCAUUAGCGAGCCAUGGAUUGGCUCAGGUUCCAGUAUUCCACCCGUUGGUGAUGAUAUGUUGGCCCUUCAACCAUAUUCAGUUGGUAAUCUAAUUGACCAAGAGCGCAAAGUUUGGAAUGAACCAUUGGUCCGUCAACUUUUUGCAGUAGAAACGGCCAAUAACAUCCUGAAUACUCCUCUGCACCAUCAGGUCGAGAGGGACAAACUGAUUUCGAAGGCGGAGAAAAAUGGCCAUUAUUAUGUGAGAAGCGCAUAUCGUAUCUGCAUAGAAGAAGUCAUCAACAAUGACCAUUUGCGCAAACCAGGGUAUUGGAGUGACAUCUGGAGAUUAAAAGUCCAUCCCAAAGUCAAGAACUUGGUAUGGAGAAUCUGUAGAGAUUGUUUGCCAACUCGUGUGAAACUACGAAGUAGAGGUGUUAACUGCCCCUCAGAAUGUGUCAGGUGUGAUGACCCCCAUGAAGAUAGUUACCAUUUGCUGUUUCAUUGCCCGAUAACAGUUAAUAUAUGGCAGACUGCAAAUCUUUGGCACUUGAUUGCCCCAUCUAUUCACCAAUUUGAUAAUGCUCCUGAUAAUAUUGUUACCAUAAUGUGGAGUAUAAGGAAAGCCAGGAAUAUGAAGCUUUGGCAACAAGUGUCAGACUCGACUUUCACCAUUUUGGAAAGAGCAAAACAUCUUCUAGAAGGCUGGCGAAGUGCUAAUCGCAAUAAAUCCCUUUUAAGGCAUGAUAAUUAA